UGGUGACGGUGAACGUGUAGCUGUUAGAUGUGCGCUACUCGAUUAAAAAAAUCGCAAUCGUCAUGCGGUUUUCUUGUACUGAUCGCUGUUUUGCCGCAAAACUUUGUUCUGUGUUUCAUUUUCAUCAUUUGAAAGAUCCAUGUUGGCUGUCAGUGAAUGGGGACAUUCCUUGUUUACAGGCACAUGAGCAGGUGAACUCUGAAGAUGAAGUUAUCCUUUGGCAUCCACCGGCCUGCCUUGGCCUACUCCAUGACCACAUUAGGUGCUGGAAUGAUGAACAGUAUAUUUAACUUCUACUACGUGAAGCUGUUUCUUAACCAGUACAAAAUAUCGGAAGGAGCCUUUCACCAAGCGCAGGUGGUUUUUAUGAUCUGGAAUGCCAUAAAUGACCCCUUAUUUGGUUAUAUACAAGAUAAUUCCAAGACAGGCUUCUGCUCUAUACGACGUCAUUCCAUAUUAUAUGGAGCUCCAUUUUAUGCCCUCGCUUUCCUGCUUCCUUGGUUCCCCUGGAAAGAUUACUCAGAGGGUGACUGGCUUAGUGGAGUCCAUCUCAUGGUAGCCCUCUGCAUUUUUGAUGGCAUGCUUACCUUUGUGUUGCUCGCCCAAUGCGCCCUGUUUGCCGAGAUUUCAACCAAGCAUGAAAGUCGCCUUCAGCUCAUAAAAUACAACCAAGUGGCUUCACUGCUGGGAUCAUCAGCCAUCCUCUUCUGUGGACUUGUGUCGGACAACAUGGACAACUUCCCCAGCUUUCAGACGUUUACAAUGUUUGUGGCUAUCCUGGCCACUGCAUGCAUGUGUUACACCGGGAUGUUUGGGGUAACCCAGUAUGAACAGCGGGAGAAGUCUGUGGAGAGUGGCGGGAAAUCAGAGACCAAUCUCUCCUGGACCGCUGUGCUGUCUCUUACCAAACAGAUCCUCACCCAAAGGAACUUUCUGUUGUUUGUGUCUAUGAACUUUUUUCAAGUUUUUCUUGCCACUUUUUUCAGCAACUUCAUGAUAAUUUUUGCUGAUAACCUCAUUCCCAAAGAUGCACUUCCCUCUAUUGUGAGGAGUAUCAUGUACGGAGCAGGCUUUAUCUUUCCUCAGUUUCUGGUGCUGAUCAUUCACUCUUUUCUGUCCAGUAUCGGUUAUUAUAAGGUCAUCUUGUAUGGCUUCUACGUGGAAGCCUUCUCAGCAGUCCUGAUGCUGUUCCUGGGACCUCAGCAUUAUUAUAUCCUGGCUACGUUCCUCAUCACCAACAUGGUGUUGGUACAAGCCUCAUUUAGUAUAUUUAAUCUGCCUCUGGCUGAUAUUGUAGAUGCAGAUUUUGCCAACUACAAACGCAAGUCUCCACUGUCAUCAAUGGUAUUUGGAACAAACGCCCUCUUCACAAAGCCUGCACAGUCCCUGGCACCCAUGUUUGUUGUUACUAUUCUUAACCAGUAUGGAUAUGAACACUUAACUAACAAAGUUGACCAGCCAGAUCCCAAUUUAUUUUUAGGCCUCCAUGACGCCAUGUUCUACCUGACCUGCAUCGUCCCUCUCUGUAUUGCCACCAUACAGAUUAUCGUUUGGACACCAUACUCCUUUCGGACCAGCCAUGUGGCCAAUGGACACUGAGCAGCUAAAUAAACAAUAACUUUCUGCAUAUCUCACUGGGGCCUUAUAUUUUGUUUUAAUACCUGUCUGGCAGUGUUCCUCACCCCCCCCCCCCCCCCCCCCUCGGGCUCUACAGCUAUUGUAAAACUACAACUCAUCAUAAUGGGCAUGAUGGGAACCGGGGGGGGGACACUGCUACAUGGUAAGCGAAAUCUCUGCAAGGACAUGUGGAAAUCUUUUUUUAUUUUUUUAUUUUUGUGAAUGUCUAAUAGUUUGUGUCUUAUUUACUCACAUGUUAAGUGACUUUAUGUAUGGAGGAGGUCUCAAACUUAUUUCUGGCUUUAUUUUCUAGAAAUUCAAUGCAAGUCUAUUGUAUAGGUUGCUAUGGCAUUAAAGGGACUCUCCUAUCUGGACAAUCUUUGUCUAU